AUCCAAAGUUAAAACAGCGUACAAUGGCAGCUUUAUUUUUAUCAUCAUCAUCAUCAAAUUUCCAACCAUUCAUCAAACACAAAAACCCAUCAUUAUGGACCCACCAUUCCACGCCACGUCACCACAACCGCCGUCAUUCUUUCACAGUCCUAUCAUCAUCAUCAAUGAACACAAAACCAACAAUCUUGGUCUCCGAAGAACUUGGAGAAGCAGGAAUAAGUCUUUUAAAAACAUUUGCAAACGUUGAUUGUUCAUAUAAUCUAACACAUGAAGACUUGUGUACCAAGAUUUCACUUUGUGAUGCUUUGGUUGUUAGAAGUGGGACAAAAGUGACACGUGAAGUUUUCGAGUCAUCUUUAGGUAGACUUAAAGUUGUUGGACGGGCUGGUGUUGGAAUUGAUAAUGUCGAUUUGGCAGCUGCAACAGAACAUGGGUGUCUUGUUGUUAAUGCACCUAAUGCUAAUACGGUUGCAGCUGCUGAACAUGGGAUUGCUUUGUUGACUUGUAUGGCAAGGAAUGUAGCUCAGGCUAAUGCUUCUAUUAAAUCUGGAAAGUGGGAGAGAAACAAAUAUAUGGGUGUAUCGCUUGUUGGGAAGACUCUGGCAGUGAUGGGUUUUGGGAAGGUUGGGACAGAAGUUGCUAGACGUGCUAAGGGCCUCGGUAUGCAUAUAUUUGCACAUGAUCCUUAUGCUCCACCGCAACGUGCUCAUGCAAUUGGCGUGGAUUUAGUGAGUUUUGAUGAAGCCAUUUCAACAGCUGACUUCAUCUCACUUCACAUGCCUCUCACUCCUGUUACAUCUAAACUCUUUAAUGACGAAAACUUUGCAAAGAUGAAGAAAGGAGUUAGACUGAUCAAUAUUGCUCGUGGGGGAGUGAUAGACGAAGAUGCGUUGGUGAGAGCAUUGGAUGCCGGCAUAGUAGCACAGGCUGCACUUGAUGUUUUCACUGAAGAACCACCACCAAAGAAUAACAAGUUGGUUAAUCAUGAAAAAGUCAUUGCUACUCCUCAUCUUGGUGCUCGUACUAUGGAAGCUCAGGAAGGAGUAGCAAUUGAAAUCGCGGAAGCUGUUGUUGGAGCCUUAAGAGGUGAGCUUGCUGCUACUGCAGUAAAUGCGCCCAUGGUUCCUCCUGAGGUACUUAAAGAACUCAAGCCAUAUGUUACACUUUCUGAAAAACUUGGAAGGUUGGCUGUCCAACUAGUAGCAGGGGGAAGUGGUAUAAAAUCCGUAAAGGUCACAUACUCAUCUGCCAGAGCUCCUGAUGAUCUGGACACUAGACUACUCCGUGCCAUGAUCACAAAAGGUCUCCUCGAGCCUAUCUCCAGUGUCUUUGUCAACAUAGUGAAUGCAGAUUUUACAGCUAAACAAAGAGGACUCCAAAUCAAUGAAGAAUGGGUCAUCUUAGAUGGGUCACCCGAGAAGCCACUUGAGCUCAUCCAGGUCCAAAUUGCUAAUGUAGAGUCAAGAUUUGCCAGUGCAAUCUCCGAGGCUGGAGAUAUUAAAGUGGAGGGGCGGGUAAAAGACGGGGUUCCACAUUUGACAAAAGUUGGAGGUUUUGAUGUGGAUGUGAGUUUGGAAGGAAGUAUUAUACUUUGCAGGCAGGUUGAUCAACCAGGUAUGGUUGGAAGUGUAGGAACAAUAUUGGGAGAAGAGAAUGUAAAUGUGAGCUUCAUGAGUGUAGGAAGGAUUGCACCAAGAAAACAAGCUAUUAUGACAAUUGGUGUUGAUCAGAAACCGAGUAAAGAUUCGUUGAAGAGGAUUGGAGAGAUUCCGGCUGUCGAAGAGUUUGUCUUUCUUGCUUUGUAGUGUGGGUGAUGGAUAAGCUCGAUUUGGCCUAAAUAUUGUUUUAUUUUGCAUUGAGGAAGCUUCAAGCUCAUAUUGGUCAUGGGUCGAGGGCGGCCAUUCUGCAUCCAUUCAGCAUUGCUUUGUCAGGCUUUCGCCCAUUGCAGAAUGGUCAUGAUGCAGCUUAUUGCGUUAUAUGGAGUUUGGGUAAAAUGAGAUGCAUUCAAAACACAAACAGAUAUUUGAUCAGUUUUUCUCUUUUUUUUUUUUUUUUUUGAGCUUUAGUCAGGUUGGUUAACAUGAGUACAUGACAAAGGUAAAUUUUAGUAUGAUUUUCCCUGCUUCAUAUUCAUAAAUAUUUACUACGUCGGAUAUGAUUACAGAGCUAUCUUAUCACAACAAUUUGAACAGAACAUUUUUAGAAGAAUGUAUUGUAUACUUUAAAUUGAAAUCCACUUUAGUUUUGACUUA